AUGCAUUUGCUUCGCGCCGGACAGCUAGCGGCGAGCCUCCAUGUCUCAGCCUCGCUCACUGCUGGCCCGCGCCCCCGAAUCGCCUCGACCUCGCUGGCCCGAAGAUGGUACGCCGUCAACCUCCGAGAACUCGACGACAAGUGGCGGCGAGUAUGGAAAGCCGCCGACCAGCGCGACGCAGUCCCCGAGACUGCCAAUGGGCCCAAAGACAAGUUCGUCUUGCCCAUGUUUCCAUAUCCCUCCGGCAGCCUUCACCUCGGCCACCUGCGCGUCUACACAAUUGCCGACGUCGUCGCCCGCUACAACCGGCUCAGGGGCUACCGCGUCUUGCUACCCAUGGGCUGGGACGCCUUUGGUCUGCCGGCCGAGAACGCGGCCCUCGAGAGAGGCAUCCAGCCUGAGGACUGGACCGCCAGCAACAUUGCCAAGAUGAAGGAGCAGCUCGACCUCAUGAACGGCAGCUGGGACUGGCAUCGCGAGCUUGCGACGUCCGACCCCAAAUUCUACAAGCACACUCAGAAGCUCUUUCUCAUGCUCUACCAACGCGGACUAGCCUACCAAGCCGAGGCCGAGGUCAACUACGAUCCGAUAGACAAGACCGUCUUGGCCAACGAGCAAGUCGAUGCCAAUGGCUGCUCCUGGAGGUCGGGCGCCAAAGUUGAGAAGAAGAAGCUGAAGCAGUGGUUCUUCCGCAUCUCCCACUUCCGCGACUCUCUCCUCGACAAUCUCCAGGCACUCGCCAAAGACGGUGCAUGGCCCGAGCGUGUUCUCUCGCAACAGAGGAACUGGCUGGGCAAGUCGACGGGCGCCUCCAUCAAGUUUCCCCUCAUGUCGCACGGCGUCGAUGUCGGAGCCGCCAUCGAAAUCUUCACCACACGGCCAGACACGCUUUUUGGGGUCCAGUAUGUCGCACUCGCUGCGUCCCACCCCAUCGUGUCUCGGCUGGCCGAAAGCGACUCGGAACUGCAAGCCUUCCUCGACACCCUCCCAGGCCUUCCCCCCGACUCCAAAGUCGGCUACCUUUUGCCGCAGCUGCGCGCCAUCAACCCCGUCGCUUACCACGACGACACACCCGAGGCCACCAAGGCAUCCAUGCCCGUGUACGUUGCCCCCUAUGUCCUGGGCGACUACGGCGAAGGGGCAGUCAUGGGCGUGCCGGGCCACGACCUGCGCGACCACUCAUUCUGGCGGAUGCACCAGCAAGACCAGCCCGUCCGCAUCGUGCUGGCACCGUCCGAGGACGGCGCCACGGCGGCCAUUGAAAACGAGCCCUUUCUCGAGGACGGCAUCAUGACGGAGCAUAGCGGGCUCUUCAAAGGCAAGUCUUCGACCGAAGCAGGGCAGAUGAUGGUGCGCAUGCUCGAAGCCGCGGAACUGGCCAAGCCCGUUGAUAAAUGGCGUCUGCGCGACUGGCUCAUCAGCCGCCAACGAUACUGGGGCGCUCCGAUCCCCAUCAUUCACUGCGACUCUUGCGGCCCUGUCGCGGUGCCCGACGACCAGCUGCCCGUCGAGCUCCCCCGAGUCGAUGAGCAUUGGGCCGAAGGGAAGACGGGCAACGCGUUGGAGUCUUCGUCAGACUUUGUCAACGUGACGUGUCCUCAGUGCAACGGAGCUGCCCGCAGAGAGACAGACACGAUGGAUACGUUUGUGGACUCGAGCUGGUACUAUGCUCGGUUUGCCGACGUACACAACACCGAGCAACCCAUGUCCCCUAAGGCUGCCGAGAAGCUACCUGUGGACAUUUACAUCGGGGGCAUCGAGCACGCGAUUCUCCAUCUUCUUUAUGCUCGCUUCAUCUACAAGUUUAUGGCCACAACGCCUCUGAUGCCCCAGCACCCGGACGAGACGGCAGCCCUUUCUGCCGAGCCGUUCAAGCGCUUGAUCACCCAGGGCAUGGUUCAGGGCAAGACGUACGUCGACCCCGACAACGGAAGGUUCCUCAAGCCCGACGAGCUGGACCUUUCUGACCCCGCGGCACCCAAGGUGGCCGCGACAGCAAGGGCCGCGACCGUGUCUUUUGAGAAGAUGUCCAAAUCCAAGUACAACGGCGUGGACCCGACAAAGACGAUUGCACAGUACGGCGCGGACACGACGAGGGCCCAUAUGCUAUUCCAAGCUCCGGUUGGGGAGGUGCUGAAGUGGGAUGAGAGUAAGAUCUCGGGAGUUACCCGAUGGCUCCAGAGGCUGCAUGACCAGGUGAUGGCGGUGGCAGGGCCGCCCGACGAGCCUGUCUCGGUCGCCGACUACCUCGAGGCCAGGUUUGAGAGGCUCGGCUCCAUGACGAGGGCAGAGCUGAAGCAGUGGGACGCGGAAGUAACAGUGUGGCGAGAGGUGCAGCGGACGAUUGGGUCCGUCAGGCGGUCCUACGAUGAGGUCUACUCGCUGAACACUGUCGUGUCGGAUCUCAUGAGCCUCACCAACACGCUGGGCAGCAACGACGAGGCCGGCGACGUGGUCAAGCGGCAGGCUCUCAGCACGCUGAUCCGGCUGACGGCGCCCAUCACGCCGGCGUUUGCCGAGGAGUGCUGGAGCGCGCUUCAGCCGUCGGCGGGGAGCGUGCUGGAGACGGGCUCGUUCCCCAGCGAGGACGGCAGCGCAUGCGCGGCAAUGCUGCAGCCGCGGCGGCAGGCGUGCGCGGUGCAGGUCAACGGCAGGGUGCGCGGCGUGGUGGAGAUUGCUCCGCCGCCAGGGGAGCUCGAGGGCGACGGACUGAGCGAGUGGAUGACGGCGGCGAUUCUCGAGACGGAGCUGGGGAGGGAGCGCUUCGGCGAGGGGGGGCGGUACGACGUCAAGGGGGCCAAGCGGGCAAUUGCGGUCAAGGGGGGCCGGGCUGUAAAUUUUGUCGUAUAG